AUGGAUGUUCUUCUUGACGUUCUCGACACCUUUGUGUUUGAUCGAUUCUAUGCAGCGAUAUUACCUGAUACCGCUCCAGACUCUAGGGCCAUCAAUCUGAGCCUCUUGAACCAACAUGUAAAGGUAUAUUUUCCCUUGGAGCCAUCCAGUCGGGCAGAAGCCAGCCUGUUGAAGCGAGACAAUAUGGCGAGACAAACAUUAUCACUAUUUUUGAUGAUUUGGUUCUUCGGCCUCGCCAUGUACCUUGUAGGCAGCUUCAUUAUGUACCACACGGUGUAUGACAAGCGCCUUCUCCAGCACCCCCGAUACCUCCCAAGCCAAAUCGAGCAAGAGAUCAAACAAGGUCUAUCCGCAAUGCCCGUCAUGGCUAUCCUCACAGCACCUCUUUUCCUCGCGGAGGUGCGCGGGUGGUCCAAACUAUACAAUUUCGCAAGCGAGGCUCCCUUCCCCGGGUACAACUGGUUGCAAUACCCCCUCUUCAUCUGCUUCACCGACAGCGGGAUCUAUUGGAUUCACCGUGGUUUGCACCAUCCUCUUGUUUAUCGAUGGUUGCAUAAGCCGCAUCAUAAAUGGGUCGUUCCGACACCUUUCGCGAGCUAUGCUUUCCACCCUCUGGAUGGAUGGUCACAAAGUUUGCCAUACCAUAUAUUUCCCUUUUUGUUCCCACUGCAGAAGGUCGCAUACUUGGGGCUCUUCAUCUUUGUCACAGUCUGGACUGUACUAAUCCAUGACGCCGAGUACCUUUCCACAUCCGAGAUCAUCAAUGGUGCAGCAUGCCACACAAUGCACCACCUCUACUUCAACUAUAAUUAUGGCCAAUAUAUCACAAUCUGGGAUCGACUUGGGGGUACAUACCGUAAGCCCGAGGAAGACACAUUCAUGCGGGAUCAGAAUCAUACAGGGAAAAUCAUUGAUAAGGAGGAUUGA